ACAAUGAACUACAUGGGGCAGCUUGCUGAGACUGUCUUUGUCACUGUGAAGGAGCUGUACCAGGGCCUGAACCCCAGCACCCUGACGGGCUGUAUUGAUGUGGUGGUGGUCAGGCAGCCCAAUGGCUCCUUCCAGUGCUCCCCGUUCCACGUCCGCUUCGGGAAGUUGGGUGUCCUGCGCUCCAAGGAGAAGGUGGUUGACAUUGAAAUCAAUGGGGAGACUGUGGACCUGCACAUGAAGCUGGGUGACAACGGAGAGGCCUUCUUUGUCCAGGAGUUGGAAGAGCACGAGAGGAGCAUCCCCUCCCACCUCUGUACAUCCCCCAUCCCCAGGGAGGAGAGCCUGGAGGAUGCCUCUCAUAGGCAGGAGCCCUCUAGCCCUGAAACCACCCUACGCAAGAGGAGGAGACACAGGAGGAAGCCCAAGAGAAAGGAGGUGUCAGACUCUGAACUGGAAUGCUGUGGGGACACCAAAAGUGAGGUGUCCAUGGAGGAGCCAUGCAAGCUGCCAACGACCAGCCAUCCUGAGUAUUUCUCCUUUGCUGAUCUCCCCAAAGAAGAAAUUGGGUCAUUGCAGUCCCCAGUGAUGCACCCUUACUCUGAUGGGGAGCUGACCUCUGUGAACAGCCUCACCCUGAGCCAUCCAUCUUCUCCCAAAAGUGACUCUGAGCUGGAGGUCAGAUCUCAGGAGGGCUUUGCUCUUGGGGCUGAAGCUCACAUGCAAUGGAACUGGGGAAGGCUCCCUCAGAUGAAUAAAUUGGAACAAGUUGAACCAGCCAAGUUCAUGAAGACCUUUGCUACUACUGUCUCUGUGACACCAGCAACCCAUCUUGUUGCCACCUCUGGAGGAGUGGGAGGAGGUCCAAGCCCAGCAGGACACCAGGGUGCACCUUGCUCCUCUGCUGUGCCUAUUGCUGAACCAGCACCCAAACCCCAGGGUGGGAAUGGAGUCCCCAGGCUGAGGGAUGUCCCCCUUCCUGAGGGGUCACAGAGCUUGUUGAAGGGCUCCUCAGCCCCACAGGAGAAACGGGAGGGAGCCUGGACUGUUGAGCCAGAGGUUCAGCCAGAUGUGGAGCCCUCUGAGGCAGCUACUGCUCUGGAGCAAGUGGGCCUUGAACCCCAGCUGGAAAGCCAGAGGAGACAAGGAUCCACCAAGAGAAGUCCUCACUUGGGCCCCAGUGACAUUUACCUGGAAGACCUCUCCAACCUGGAUGAGGAGCAGGUAGCUCUCUAUUUCCCCAGGAGUGACACAGAGCAGAGUUCAAAGCCUGUGGUAGACCCCAGCAUCCCUCUGUGUGUCCAGCUGCCACCUGACUUGCCUGCUCACAGCUCCAUGGACUCUGGCUCAGAUUUGAUGCCCACACUUGCCCUGUCUCUGUGUGGAGGCCUGGGGGACAGCAGGCAGAUCUCUCAGGAGAAGUUCAUGGAACACAUGGUCUCCUACCAGCAGUUUGCUGAGAAUCCAGGACUCAUCGAUGACCCAAACCUGGUGAUACUGCUCAACAAAAAGUAUUACAACUGGGCAGUGGCUGCUCCCAUGGUCCUGUCCCUGCAGGCUUUCCAGAGGAACAUUUCUGAGAGUGCCAUUGACCAGCUGGUGAAGGAGAAGAUGCCCAAGAAAGGCAGCAAAUGGUGGUUUUCCUGGAGGAGAAGGAGAGAAUUCCCAGCAGAAGAGGUGUUUGCAGUGCAGUUGAGGCCAGGGAACACCAAAGUGGGGACACUGCAGUGUGACUCUGCAGUGCAGCAGGAGGAGGAGGUGUCAUCCAGUGAUGAGGAGCCCCUGUACCUUGGGGACACGUUGGCAGUGGAUGCCUUCACACAGAAAUUUCAGCCAACCUACAAGAAAUCCCUGCGACUCUCCUCUGAACAAAUCGGAAGGCUGAAUCUGCAGGAUGGCCCCAAUGAGGUGGCAUUCAGUGUGACAACUCGGUACCAGGGCACCUGCCGCUGUGAGGCCACCAUCUACCUAUGGAACUGGGAUGACAAAGUGGUGAUCUCUGACAUCGAUGGCACCAUCACCAGGUCAGAUGCUCUUGGGCACAUCUUGCCACAUCUGGGAAAAGAUUGGACUCAUCAUGGGAUUGCUAAACUCUUCCACAAAAUCCACCUGAACGGCUACAAAUUCCUCUACUGCUCAGCCAGAGCCAUCGGCAUGGCAAGUAUCACCAAGGGUUACCUCAAAUGGGUCAACGAGCAAGGCUGUGUCCUUCCCAAGGGCCCCAUCCUGCUCGCCCCCAGCAGCCUCCUCUCUGCUGUCCACAGGGAGGUGAUUGAGAAGAAGCCAGAGGUGUUCAAGAUUGCCUGCUUGAUGGACAUCCAAAACCUCUUUGCCCCAAAGCUGCCCUUCUAUGCAGCCUUUGGGAACAGAGCCAAUGAUGUCUAUGCCUACAAGCAGGUGGGCCUGCCAGAGAGCUGUAUAUUCACUGUCAACCCCAAGGGAGAGCUGAUCCAGGGGCUCACAAAGAACCACAAGUCAACGUACGAGCGGCUGUCGGAGGUGGUGGAGCUGAUCUUCCCUCCCAUGGGGCAGGGUGGGAGCAUUGCUUUGGUGUGUCCAGAGUACAGCCACUUUGCCUACUGGAGACCUCCACUGCCUGCUGUUGACUUGGAUGUCUUCUGA